ACUAACCCCAAUACGCGAGUCGUCUCCAUUUUAUUUUCAUUUAUUUCCUGUUUUAUCCACUGCUGUAUCAGUGGACAGCUAAAAGACAUUAAUAAACUAAUUAAAUAACGAAGUGAAGUGAACAUUAGACUGUAACAAGCUAUUAGACCAGUGUGUGAUCUUACGUAAUACAUAUUUUUUCGUGAGGCUAAGGAGUGAGUUCCGGCGCGAUCUCCAUGCCUCGCUAGAUGCUGUGCGGCGCUAUCUGGACCGCGGCGCCCGUCUCGCUACGUCUAGCGGAGGCGAUCCCCGCUGCGCGUUCCUUCACCGCGCUCGCGAUGCACGCGUCGCGACAUGAUGAUGACUCUAGCUUCAUAGAGAAUGGUCUGCUCUCGUACGAGAACCCGAACUACCACUUGGACCCGUCGCGCCUUGAGUCGGCGCUCUACAGCGACCUCUACGAUAUGCACGACGACAAAAUGCCCGACGAGUAUGACGCGUAUCUCGACAAUAGGAGAGUGGAAGACGAGGCAGCCUCGCCCGUGACGAAAACAAAUGAAAAAAGCGGCCUCAUCACUCCCCCCCAAAAUGGCGGCGAGGAGUCCCCCCCUCCAGAGAAGGAGCGGGCGGACCAAGAGGACUCAGAGAAGAGGCACGCGCCGGUCCCGCACUCGGCGGAGGGGCCUAACGACGACCUCUACGCGAUCCCCGUCAAGUUGAGGGCGAAGAAGGAACCGCCUUUGCCUCCGGGGUGGGAGAAACAUGAAGACAUGGACGGGCCCUACUACUGGCACAUAAAAAGCGGCACCAUCCAGCGGGAAAUACCGAAGAUGCUGCCCGUGGAAGCCAAGGAGACCAGGAUCUCUAUGGUGCGGGACUGCUCGCUAUCGGAGGUGAACAAGUAUGACGGUGUCAUGACCUCCUCCGUGACCAGAAGUACCACCAGUGGGGCGCUGGCGGAUCAUACGGACCAGGAGGCUGAGAGGAAACGGAAGGAGGAGAUGUCAUAUAAACGUCGCAGUUUCCCCGCUCGCCCCGAGCCCGACAGCGCGCGCGCCGUGCGCUUCUUCGUACGGUCCCUGGGCUGGGUCGAGAUCUCCGAGGCAGAUCUGACCCCAGAACGUUCCAGCCGCGCUGUGAACAAGUGCAUCGUCGAUCUUAGCCUGGGUCGGAACGACCUGCUCGACCAAGUCGGUCGCUGGGGUGAUGGUAAAGACCUGUUCAUGGACUUGGACGAUGGGGCCCUGAAGCUCAUCGACCCUGAGAGCCUGAACACUCUGCACACACAACCCAUACACACCAUACGCGUGUGGGGUGUGGGCAGGGACAACGGACGGGACUUCGCGUACGUGGCCCGCGACCGCUUGACGCGGCGGCACAUGUGCCACGUGUUCCGCUGCGAGGCGCCGGCGCGCAGCAUCGCCAACGCGCUGCGCGACAUCUGCAAGCGCAUCAUGAUCGAGCGCUCGCUGCAGCCGCCGCCGCGCCCCACCGACCUGCCCGCCGCGCGCCGGCCCCGCCCGCUCUCCGGGGCUUCGUUCCCGACGCCCAUGGAGGAGCCGCGCAAGACCGUGCGCGCGCGCUACCUCGGCAGCGCGGAGGUGCCCCGCGCCACCGGCAUGGACGUCCUCAACGACGCCCUGGAGCGCUUAGCGGCGGCUAGGGCGCCUUCCGCGUGGAGACCCGUCGCUGUGGCUGUCGCGCCGUCUAUGAUCACUAUUACUGAAGAAGGGGAAUCGAGCCCCAUAGUGGAAUGCCGCGUCCGCUACCUGUCAUUCCUCGGCAUCGGCCGUGACGUGCGGCGUUGUGCGUUCAUCGUGCACACGGCUCAGGACAUGUUCGUGGCGCACUGCUUCCACGCCGAGCCCUCGUCCGGGGCCCUGUGCAAGACUAUUGAGGCUGCCUGCAAGCUCCGCUAUCAAAAAUGUCUGGACGCCCACGGCGGAGCGCCACCACGCUCACCUGGGGCAGGGUCGGGUGACUCCCGAGGGUCGCUCGGCCAGACCCUGAAGUCUAUCGUGGGCUCCGUCAUUGGCCGUCGGCCUUCUUGAACACAGGAGUCGCAAGAGAUAGAGGUCGCUACUCCCCACGAGGCGGACGCAGGCGCAGCGUAGCUUGCGCAUCCCGGGUGCAGUUGCUUGGGUUCAUUUAUAACUUCUAGUCAUAUUUCUGCCUUAUAUUACCCAUUUUUUUAACCCCAGGGGACGAAAUAUAAUUUGCACAAAUCCCCUUACAAGCUGCUUGAAAGAUCGGUGAAAAUUAUAUUUCGUCAACUAUACCUACCUACACAUAACUAUACGAAGGCUAUGAGCGAACAGGGCCACCACAAACCACUUCGUACAAAUUCCUUCAUCUAUUUGCCUCUCUAUCGCACAUAUUCGAGUGACAGGGAGGCAAGAAAACGAAACUUCGACCUAACCUUUUUAACCCCUUGUACAUCACCACACCUUUCGUGCUCGGAGCGUAAUGGUAAAAAUGGAAUGUAUGAAGGAUUGGGGCGUUGCCGCGCGCGUCUGUUGACGUCUUUGACGGUCAAGGGGUUAAUAUUUAAGCCUGACACACAACAACUUUUGUCGGUGGAGUCCGUUUGCGAUUAUAGCGAACGUAGGAAAACACAACGAUUACAAAAUAACCUAAUGUAAUACGUUCGACGAAACUGCACAGCGAAACCGUUAAGGUGUGGUGGUGGGAUAUUAUGGAAAAGGCUGCUACUUCAUCAGAACACAAGACAGAUAAGAGACACAGAGGCUGGUACAGAAGAGAUCAAAAACACGAGCAGUUCAAACAGACCACAUUGUAAUAAAAUAUUCGGUCCUUUCUCUUGAAAAUAGUCGCUAUACCAACAUGAAAACUAAGACAGGAUGGUUAACCACACCACUUUCUUUAAUUCCCUCUACUUUAUCUAUAUUUCCCGCCUUUUGUCCUACAACUGUAUUUCAAUAAGAUUAAUAGCGUCAUAAGCCCAAGCAACUGCAAACCGCACUAUAAUAUCCAGCUUUACAUUAGGAGGGAUUCAAUAUUGUUUAAAACGUAUUGUUUUUUAAGAAAUUGAAACGUAUUGUCAUCACAGUAAGGUUCAACUGACAUUGCAGGCAAGCUUCACACGGCUUUCGUCAUGACUGCGUCAAUAUACAUAUCUAUUAGUUUUUGUAUACGGUCUGUCAUAUAGAGGGUUAUUUAUUUAUGCACAUCUGAUGUUAAAAGGCAAGAAAAACGUUUUAAGAAAAUUUACCACCAUUUCCCAUUUGCCUAAGUACGUUAGUAGGUACUUAUUCUUUUUAGUGGUAUUAAAAGCAAUAGUGAUUUUUUCAGCUUGGGCAACAAUUCUUUUGUGUCCGGCUGUUUUUCUCUAUAGGACGCAUUUUUCAAACGAUUCCCGUGAAAUUGUGUGAGCAGGAUCGAUUUUUUUUUAAUUCACUUUUUGGAAAUAUUUCAAAAUGGCGGUGCCAUGGUGUUUCGCGAAUUCUAUAGCUCAUAGAGCGACUAGUUAACUAACAAUUUACUUGAAAAUAUUUUUUAUCUCUUCACAUCAGAGUUCAUUUCUGAUUGGUUUUCUUUGGCUUAGACUGUUCAGUAAUGGAUGAAAUUGGCCUAAAAUUAUUCGACUUAUUACGAUAUUUUUAACAGAAGGGAGAUUAAAUCAUUUCUUUUUGUUAUUUUGUCCCGUUAGCCAGGAGACAACUAACACACUCCGAGAUGAUGCUUAGCAGAUGGCCAAAAAAUGUAUGAGGGGGGAAUUCAAAUCCCCCCUCAAAACGUGGUUUUUAAAUAGUGACCCAGGAGACAUCCUCAAUAACAAAAACAGUUAAGUUAAUACACUCACCAAAUGAGUAAGUUGAACGCCUUUAACGCCAUCUAGUGUUAUUAUUCUGUGUCUAAAUGAUCGAUUAACGUCAGGUGUGCAUUAAAACAGCUUGUAGGUCAUUAUAACAUAGUACAGUAAACAAAUAAGAAGUGUUCAUAUACCUACCUAUAUACUUUUUAAUUAAGUUAAACUACAGUCAAAAUAUAAGUGUUACAAUCUUAAUAAUAUACAUAUGUUCAAAUUGUUGUGAAAAAUCACUCUGACCUAACUCUGCAUCGGUUUGGCAAGCGACAUAAUGUAGCAGAGACACCAUAGAUGUCAAAUUUCCUCGGAAAUAAGACACACAUCACACAUCGGAGAUUUUCACAUUUUGUCACUGCAAAGUGGGUGUGAGUUGAGAACCAUUUGAACAUAUAGGUACGUGCGUUUUUGAGUGUACAGUCGCAAUCAGAUAUAUCGGAGCGGCCAGUGUGUUCACAAUUGUCUGAACAAAGCCUUUAUCAAGACGUUAAAGCGCAUGUUCAGAUAUUUUUGAGCACCUAUCCUCUCCGUUAUAGCGACUGCGCUACCUUAAUUUAGUCCUUAUUAAUUUUAGAUAAUAAACACUUACAUUCACUUUGUUUUGAGGCCGGGUAUCACAAUAUUUAAUGUUAGUAAAAAGGACUAUAACAAAUUAACGAUUUAAGAGGGUAUUUAAAUGUAUUUCACGUUGAUCUCAAAUUGUUUGAAUUUUUGUAUUUUCAUUUGGGUUCACAAUUUUUAAAUUUAUUAAAGUAUAUUUUCAUAUUUUUUGUUGUUCACUUACAUACCUACUUUAAUAGAAUAUUUUUUGAGCGUUUGUUCAAAUCUUAUUGGCGUUGAUUGUACAGUCACCAUCAGAUAUGUAUUAGAGUGGCCGAGGUGUUCAAAAAUAUCUGAACAAGCACUCAAGUCGCUUGACAAUAGAUGCGUUGUUCGGAUAUUUGUGAGGUUUUUGGCCGCACAUAUAGUGCGUCAAGCAAAUCUUGUCAGUAGCAAUGUAAAGCAAACUAAAGUAGGGCAACACUCAAAGAGUAGUAUUGCGCUAAGAAAAGCAGCAAUGUACAAUGUACAUCGAACCAAAACUUUUUUCCGCUGAGCGCGCCUUGUCACGUACGUCAAUUCAAAUUGUCACUCGCGGAUUCUCUAUUGAAAAUGUUUGAAAUUGUUAUUCAUAUCCACAUUCCACAGAUAAAACACAGAUGACACGCGUUUUUCGAAUUAUUCGAACACAGUGUUGCUAACCCGCGAUUUUUCAAAUUUGCCGCCGUUUGCUACUGACAAGAUUUGCUUGACCCAGUAUAUGUACAUAUUUUAUGAUGAUUGUAUUUUUUUAAUACUUACAGUGAGAUUUACAUAAGUAUCUCUCUUUUUUCAUCAAAAGAAGAAAACAAUAUGCUUAGUUAUCUCAGUGAAGUGUUUAACCCACGUAUUUUUGUUAACUACUUUUAUAAUACCUCAAACUACGUCUGCAUAACCGCUAAGCUACGCCUCUGCUUAAACUACCAAAGAUUAUUAGACUGGUGGUCACAUUUUCAACGCUGAAGUUUGGUACGCAAAAGUAAACCGUACGAGUUACGCUUAAAGCACAUUUUUCUUUGAAAUUGGACUGCCAGGCUUGAUAGGCAAGCGGUUUGAGGUACGUUUGUAUAUGCUUUAGCUCCUAAUUAUUAUAAAAUCCUAGUCCAUAGUUCAUUAUUGCUUCUGUACAUUCGACGCCAUUUAUAAUUUAUAAAAAUGUCCUCUGUGACAACUGUCACAAGCUUUUUUAGUUAAUGUAAUUUAAGGUGUAAGAUUAAAGUAUUAAUAAUGACCCUGUGGAGUUUGUAAAUAUUUGUAAACAAUGGAAUUCGUUUAGUUGUAGGGUAGAUAAUAUUGGAGUGUUAAAUGGUGUGAGUUUAAUGUGACAGACUUGAGAUUUUAGUUACACAAAACGGACGGUAUGCAAAUGCAAUAAAAAUAUAUUGUUAGUUGCGGACGCCUUUACAAAGUCACAUCGUUCAGCUGUUAAAGCGCGCUCUCUGUCAAUCGCUAUGCGAUUCUCGCGCGAGGCGGAAGGACAUAGCGAUGUUUUCUCGCGACAGUGACUUUGAGAGGGAGUCGAUUGACGAUUUCAGUCUGUCGAGCACGGUAUGAACUAGUGAUAAGAUUCGUUUAACUAUACUUUGUCCCAACGCUGGACGUAGCAUAGUCUAAAUUGACCCUAUUUGUAUAGUAAAAGAUAUUAUUUUUGCUUAGGCUUGUACAAGUUUAUAAAUUGAGUGAAUUUAAUUGCAAAGAUAAGUAAAUAUUUUUGGUAUGACACCGCAAUGGAUGUUUGUAAAUUAUCGUGUAAGCUUAUAAAGGGUCUUUUAUGUUGUAAACUUUUUAACUGGGCACUACAAAAUACAAUCUGAAACCUCAUAAUAACAAGGGUGUUGAAAACACAUUGAGCUUUUUACAAUUAUAUUUCUACACGAUAUUUAGCGUUCAUAAUAAAAAUUGUAGUAAAAAUUAAUAGCGAACGCAAUCUAAUAGUAUUCAAAUGGAGCCGCCAUAUUGAACUUAACUUCAAGAUGGCGGCUCGAGCAAUGUUAGCUUUGGGCGAAUAAAAUGACUAGUUUAUUUUGUUUUUGAUAGUGAAUAUGGAGAUGAAUGUUUAUCGUAUUGAGCGUACUGGGACCCACAAGUUUUCGAAUUAACUCCCAAACGAGUUCCAAAGUUAAUGUGACAUGAAGGGUAAAAUAAUAAAGUAAUAAUAAUAAUAGUGUUUUUGUGUCUGUAACACUACAACAAAUAAGAUACUCUAUAUAACGCAGGGUAGAAAAUGGCCUUUAGGUAUGUCUCAGUUAUAAAUAAAUCGAUCAACUAGUUUUUGUUCUUUUGCACUGUUAUCUGUGAGCCAGGAGACACUUACAGAGAAAUAAAUCUUAAAACACCGACAAGUAGAUGACUCACAGCAGAAUGGGCUUAUAUGCCUCAACUACAAAUUCCUAUGAAACAGUUUUUGAAAAGUGACCCAGGAGACGCGAUCAUAGGAACAAUUUGGAAGAAAAAAUGUAUCCUUCGAAACAAAAAUACAAGCAGUUCCAAAAAUUGUUACUGGCAGCUAAAAAGUUCAUUCAAAUCAAUACAGGCCCUUUUAUUUUGUAACUGUAACUUUUAUGUUUAUAAUUUUAUUAAAAUUACAUAUUCCAGGGAUUGACUUACUUGCCGAGAGGCUAGGUGGCGAUAAUGUGAACUUUCGUUGUAGGUACAGUUGCCAUCAUACUUAUAUGUAUAUCGAAGCAGCCACAAGACGCUCAUAAAUAUCUGAACACGCCUCUUGCCAAGGCGUACAAAGUGCUUGUUCAGAUAUUUUUAAGCAUUCCGGCCGCACUGAACCGAUAAUAUAUCUCACUGAUAGCGACUAAGCCACAGUUUCCAAAUGUGGAAUUACAUUCCAUCUUUCGCCUUUGACAGUUGACUAGUCAAUAUUGUAAUUAUUAUUUGGUUUUGAUUCUUAAGAUGUUUAAACAUUUUAAGUAACAUCUGAAAGGCCAUUUUCCACCCCCAAAUUAGAAUAAGACGUUCGGGUUAGAAAUCACAAACUAGCUUCAAAAUAUAUUUCAAAUAUUAGGAUCAGUGUCGCUUUUCACUUUAUAUAACAUACGUCAGUACACACUGAGCUGUUCUUACUAUACGUAAAAUAGUGUUAAUCACACUUUAAAAUAAGUAAUUAAAAUUAUUUAUACAGAAUAUAAAUCGAUAUUUAAGUCCGAGUAUCUUCGCUCGGUUGUUUAGAUGCAAUAGAUGUGAAAAAUGCAAGCUUCGGCUGCCUUUUACCAGAUGAAGUAUAUGUCAAUAUUUUCUAUAAAUUGUAAACGUUUAUAUGUAGUUAUUUAGAUAGCUUCAGAAUCCAGUUUAGCUCACCGUUGGAUAAAAUGGGAAUAAUGUUAUAUACUGUCAUCGCUUCAACAGCUUAAAAGCCUUCAAACUGUGGCUUUUAAUGAAUACUUUUGUGAAAUUAAUAAAAAAAUAUUAAUAAACACAUAA